UUGCUAAAGACAAACAAGCAUUUCGUCACCUUCCAUAUCUUCCCAAUAAACACCCUUUUCCCCUUUCUUUUAUCAUCUUUCACUCACACACUCACCUUGCAAAGACCACCCCCCCCACCCUACAAAUCAAUCAAAGGAUACCCUUCUUUCAUCCAUCCCCUAAAUAAAAUAAUCUCAUUUUCUCACUCAAUAGCCAUGUCUUGGCAACUCUUAUUUUGAAACCAAAAACAUUCACUUAAUGGAAACAGAAAAACAUCAUCGUACAACAAGUAACAACAGUAGCACAAGUGAACUCUUUGUUUGUUUCACAUCACGUUUAUCAUCUUCAUCAAUGAAACUCUCAUCAAAAUCAAUCUUGAGUCCAAGCCGUAGCAGAGACCAACCACAGAUAUCACUUUCAUCUUCCUUAAGCAGAAGAUUAAAGAGUAAUGGAAGCAUGAAAGGUGGUCAAGCUUCACCAAUGUUCCCAACUGGUGGAAAGAAAAGAGGAUGUGGUUUUGAGAAUCCAGAACCUUCAUCUCCUAAAGUUACUUGCAUUGGACAAGUUAGAGUUAAGACAAAGAAACAAGGGAAGAAAAUGAGGUCAAGAUCAAAGAGAAGAGGUGAAGCUAGUUUUAGAAGAGGUGAAAAUAAUCCAGAUCUAACUAGACAGAAUAGUCAAAGUUUGUAUCAAAAUCAUCAAAAUUUGCAACAAGAGUGUUUGAAACAUAGGAAUCAAAGAUGGGUUCAUUUGCCUUUAACUAUAUGUGAAGCUUUGAGAGAGUUUAGUUGCUUUUUUCCUUGUAGGUCUUCUUGUAUGUCAAAUGAAAGAGAGAAAGAAGAAAAGGGUAAUAGUAGUUUAGAAGGAAGAGGAGGAGGAGAAAGAGAAAGAGAAAGAUCUGGUGGUGGACAUGGUAGAGAAGGUUCAUGUGGAGCUGCAUUUGCAAGAUGGUUAGUUGCUUAUGAUGGUAAAGGGAGAGAGAUUGAGGUGAUGGUGGAACAUCAUGAGGAGAUGGAGAUGGAAAUGGAUGAUGAGGAUGUUGUUGAUGGAAGAGAGAAAAGUGAAAGGAGUUAUAGUCAAAGGAGACAUAUUUUUGAAGAUCUUGAUAUUGAUUUGGUUGAUGAGAAGAUACAAAAUGAAGAGUUUCAAGGUGAAGAAGAAGAAGAAGAAGAAGAAGUUGAAGAGAAAGGUAGAGUUAGCAUUUGUGUUCCACCAAAGAAUGCUCUUUUGUUGAUGAGGUGUAGAUCUGAUCCUGUCAAAAUGGCUGCUUUGGCUAAUCGUUUUUGGGAAUCACCUAUUCACAAAGAUGAUCAACAACAACAAGAACAACAUCACAAUGAAGUUGAAGAACUAGAUGAAUCUAGUGGAGAUGAAGAUGAUGAACAAGAACAAGGUUACUACAAAGAACAAAACAUUGAAAUGGAACAAGUUGAAGAAGAAGAAGAAGAAGAACCACAACAAUUGGUUGAAGUGGUGGAAACAAUGUUACAAGAAGAUAGCAUUUGUGAAAUUGAAAGCAAAAGAGACCAAGAAGUUGAUGAAGAAACUACCAAGGAAGAGGAAGAGACAAAUGAAGAUGGAAAUGACAUUGAUGAAGAUAAAGAUGAAACCUUUACAUGUGUUUUACUUGAUUCAUCUCAUGCAGAUCUUGAAAAACAAGAAAUAGAAGAAACCCAUCAAGAAAAACAUGAAGAGAAACAAGAAAGUUCAGAACUUUCUUGUUUUUCUUCAUCUUCUUCUUCUUCUUCUACUUCACCUGAAACAUUCUUAGCAUCUUCAGAACAAGAAAACGAUGAAGCACAAACAGAAUCAGAAAAUGCUGAAAAAGUUUCAACGGAGGAAGAACAAGAACAAGAAGAGAAAGUGACUGUUGCAGAGAAGGAACAGGGUCCGACCCAACAAGGAUUCGACCCGGAAAUGGGUCUUGUUGGGUCAAUGGAGCAAGAAAAUGGGUCAAAGAAAGAAGAGAGAGAAAGAGAAACAUUACCUGAAUGCUUGUUAUUGAUGAUGUGUGAGCCGAAGCUAUCAAUGGAAGUGUCAAAAGAAACAUGGGUAUGUAGCACUGAUUUUAUACGGUGGUUACCGGAGAGACCGGUUGGAAAAGUCGCCGGAGGGGAGAAAAAGGUUACUGUGGAGUCAUCUUCUUCCUCGUGUACUAAGCCGAAGGUGAAAGUGAAGACUGUUCAGCCUUUGAUGCAGCCGCCGAGAUCUUCAUGUUCUUUUCCGGUGACCGGAAAUGGCGCUGGAAUGUCAAUGGCGACGAUGAUUGAGCAGAAGUUGGCAGGGUGUUCGAAAUCUCGUAAUGGGUAUGAGCCAUUUGUUCUGAAGCGCUGUAAGUCGGAGCCGAUGAGGUCGGCGACUAAGCUUGCCCCGGAGGCUUGUUUCUGGAACAAUCGGAAACUUGAGCCGCAUCCUCCUCCGGCUUCGCUUGGCGUCGGCGCGCAGGCUGGUGUUGGGUUUUAAUUUUAGUUUUGAUUUUUAAAAUUUUAAAUCUUUCUUUUUUAAUUGACAGAAUAAUUAAAUUGUUGUUAUUAUAUGUAGAUUAUUAUUAUUGUUAUUGCUUAAAUCUUGGUCAGCUUUGGUAAGUUUAGAGGGAUUGAUUAUAAUUUUACUAUUGUAUAAAUAGCUUUAGUUAUGCAAUUUGUGUUUUUGAUUUGA